GAGCAACUUCCAUACAACAAUUCAAACAACAAAACUCCUUCGUUUUUCCUCGGACGCAGUAGGUGUUCACUUACUGAUCUUUGCGAAGAUAACUGCGCCGCAAUGUCGAAGAAUACGCAUCCAUAUUCCGGUAACACUCCGAUCCCCAAAGUCGCCGACUUCUUGCGGGACCAACGUGAGCGCUUCCCGGAUCCACAAUCACGACCGGCGCCAGGAGAGCCGCAGUACGAGCAACCGCAGCAUGAGCAAGAGGGAGGAGGAGGAGGAGGAGGAGAAGAGGGGGACAGUGGAGGAAAGACCAAAAAGGCGGAUGCACAUCCGUCUGCGCGCGACCAGACGAAGGCGUUGAAGAAAGGCCAGGGUUCGAAGGAGGGAAACAGGAGGACCGUGAAGGAUCCCACCACGGGAAAGGAGGUCGUUAUCGAGGAUGUAACUUCGGACUUUCAGGAUGUGGCCGGAAAGCCAAGUGUCGUUGUGCCGAAGACGGCGAUACCAGGACAACCGGGGGUGGUUUCUGAAAAUGAUUUCGCAAGUCCGACCCAACCGAUGGACGAAUACAAAGAGAAACAGGAUGUUACUGCGCCGCCGGCGCCAGUGAAGCCCGGAACUACAGUCGAUGUACCGAUCCGUGGCGAGAAAACGAAUGUGCUUUUCCACGCCACACCGACCCUGAGUUUGAGUGAUACUGUUUUCGCGUCUUUCGAACAGAAGGCAACCUUUCUGUGCGGGGGCAUCUUUGCAACUAUCCUGGUGCUUGGGAAACUCCUCGGCGGAGGCUCUCUUUGGGCCCUGAUUCUCAUCGCCGGUUCGGUCUCGGGAGGCGUGUGGUACUGGUGCAGAGGUGUCAUGGACGAAGCUAGAAACGUGGACUGGGCGUCUGAGAAGAAGCGCGGCGAGACGGCAGUCAGCAACUUGAUUCCUGAAUCCGUCGAAUGGAUGAACAGCCUCGUUGGACUCGUAUGGUCACUCGUCAACCCAGAUAUGUUUGUCUCGAUCGCGGAUACCAUCGAAGACGUGAUGCAAGCAUCACUACCAGGCUUCAUCGAGAACGUCCGUGUCGCAGACAUUUCCCAGGGAGAGAAUCCGAUCCGGAUUCUGUCUUUGAGAGCGCUGCCAGAUUCCGAAGUUCCAGAAUUGAAGAAAGCGGCUACAGUUGCCAGGGAUGGCAAAGAUGAAUCACAGAGAAAGGCCGAAGAGGACGGCGGUGAAGUGUACAAUCUUGAGGUUGCCUUUGCUUAUAAUGCUGCUCCCUCGGAGUCCAAGGGUGUCUCUGGGAAAACGCGCAACAUGCACAUGCAGAUUGUCUUCUAUGCUGGUAUCAAGGGGCUGUUUGGAGUGCCAUUACCAAUCUGGGUGGAGCUAAAGGGCCUGAUCGGCACCGUUCGCCUCCGUCUCCAGCUAUCUCCGGACUCGCCAUUCUUGAAGACCCUCACUUUCACCCUUAUGGGUAUCCCGAAAGUUUCCGUGGCCUGCAUCCCGAUGAUGGAGAAAGGAAUCAAUAUCUUGGACCUCCCGAUGAUCUCCAAUUUUGUUAAUGCAUCAAUUGCAACAGCAGCGAAUGAAUACGUUGCACCAAAGAGUAUGAGCUUGGAAUUGGGCAAGAUGCUCAUGGGCGAUGAUGUCAAGAAGGAAACCGAAGCACUUGGCAUCCUCUGGAUCAACAUCGACAAGGCUAUCGGGCUCAGCAAGCAGGAUAGACGUGGAAGCAGUGAUGCAUAUAUCACCAUUGCAUUCUCGAAGUACGGGAAGCCCAUGUACUCUACACGUGUCAUCGUCGAUGAUCUCAAUCCUCAAUGGCACGAGUCUUCCGGCAUUCUAAUUCGCAGCGAGCACAUUAAGGCGGGAGAGUCACUGUCGAUCGAGCUUUGGGAUAGCGACAGAUUCACGGCCGACGACAUGGUCGGAAAGAUCGAAGUCCCCAUUCAGGACCUCAUGCUGGAGCCAGGAAAGAUGCACCAACAAGUUUCAAAGCUCACUGGACAGGAGUCGGGUUCAGCAAUGCCCGGCGAGCUGUACUGGUCAGUUGGAUUCUUCGGCAGGACGAGGUUCAGACCAGCACUGCGUACGAGUGGAAAGGAUGUCAACCUUCCUCCUCAGCUCAAAGACCAUCCCGAGCUGCAGGACGACAAGGGCAGUAUCGAUACUCCUCUUGAGGAUGCAGUCAUGCACACACCUCCAGACCCUCUCUUCCCAUCCGGAAUCGUCAGUGUAAUUGUCCACCAGAUUGUGAACCUGGAGGUCAAAGACAUGACGGGAACGUAUGGCAACCGCAAGGAUGGCAAGGAGUAUUCCCCCGGCAUGAAGACUGGCGAGAAUAAGCAGGAAGAGGGUGGAAAGCUGCCUAGCGCCUACUGCACUGUCACGCUCAAUGACCAGUUGAUCUACCGAACAAGAACAAAGGCUCUGAGCAGCAAGCCUCAAUUCUCCGCUGGAACGGAGCGUUUUGUGCGCGAUUGGCGCUCGGCUAUCGUCACCGUUUCGGUACGGGAUCAACGUCAACGGGAGCACGACCCGCUCCUGGGGGUGGUACCAUUGAAGCUUUCCGAUAUCCUCCAAACCAGCAGUGAAGUCACUCGAUGGUUCCCUCUUGACGGCGGCCUCGGUUUCGGUCAGAUCCGCUUAUCUGUGCUUUUCCGCAGCUUGGAGAUAUCACUCCCUCCUCAGCUUCUCGGUUGGGAUGUCGGCACGUUUGAGUUUGUGGGUGAAACGAUCACGUCGACACUCGAUAAGCCUGCCAAGCUGAAGUUCAGGACGGGCGGCUCGACGGGCAAGAUCCCACGCAAGAGCUGCACAUCGUCCGAGUCCGGCAUGACAUGGAGCACUUCCGUGGGCACCAAGCAGCCGCGAAAGCUGCGCCUGCCAGUGAAGCAUCGGUAUAUGAGUCCCGUCGUGAUCGACAUCUACACAUCCUCGAACUCGCGCAAGCCCAACUGCCACGCGAUGGUCUGGCUCGACAAGCUGGUGGACAACGAGCGCACGACCAUCACAAUUCCCAUCUGGAGCACGAACAACCCGCAGCGGCUGACGCAGAACUACAUUGAGCGGCCCGAUGAGCACCCGGAACUCGACGUCAAGGAGAUCGGCACCAUGACCUUCGAGGCGCGCUUCCAGCCGGGAAUGGACCGCGACCACGACCGCUUCGCUACCGACAACGACUCCCGCGAGACGUUUGAGACCUGGGCUGCCUGCCGCGGAGAGGGCAUCCGCGGCGACACCGUCUACACAGAGACGAACCCCGUGGUCGACGAGCUGCACAAGAAGAGUGUGCGCGAGAUGCGCAAGGAUCUGGCAAAGACCGAAAAGGGCUUGCUCGAAGAGGGCGACGAGAAGUUGUACACCGACAAGUACGGCAUGAACUGGCGGCAGGUGUUUGAACGAGCACGCGAGGAGCUCACGGAGGGCGGAGGAGGAGGAUCUCAGCCUCAGAACAAGCCUCAACACUCUCUAGGACCCAUCGAGGAGAACCACCACAACUACCGGUAUAGCUACGACUCCGACGACAGCGAUACCUCGACGUCGCCCAGCGACCAGGAGGAUUCAGACGACUCGUACCACCACGUGACGAGCUCGCAGUACCACGACCCGACCUCGCCUACAUCAACCGCGUUAGAAACGCACGCGGGCGGCAGCGGCAGUGGCAGGAAGGAAUCCUCCGGCCCCAUCGCCGCGAUCAAGAACUACCGCGCAAACCAGAAGGACAUGCACCGGCGCCACCGCGGGCUCAUGCAGUGGAAGCCGAUGCGCGCAAUCGCGUUCGCAAAGGACGAGGCGAAGUUCGGCGCGAGGAAAUUGAAGGGAAAGGUCUCGCUCAAAGGAAGGGAGCCCGAUGUCGAGACUGAGGUUUAGUGGCGUGGAGAGGGGGAUGGGGGACAGGGGACGGAGUUUCAUACUUCUCCGGUACGAACAUGUAGUGUAAUAUCGCCUGAGGCUUUCUUCUUCUGGUUUUUCUUCUUCUGGUUUUUCUUCUUCUGGUUUUUCUU